AUGGUGGACACCAAUCCUCAUCACGAAGACUCCUCCAGAGAGUACAGCGCGUCCUCUACCCAGACACCUGUCGUCCAUGAACCUCCGGAGGACUCGUCGACCCCAGGGUCACAGCACGACGACUAUGAGCCAGACAGUGCUCACGCAUCCGCUUCCCAUCACACACAGUCCUCUUACUACCCUCAAAACGUAAACCAACACUCGCGCGGAUUUGAUCAGUCCGGAUUCCCACUGACCAGCGAUCCUCGAGUCGUGGUCGCGAAUUCCCCUCCCUCUCCACGAUUACAACCCACCUAUCGCUCGACUAGGUCAUUAGGCGCGUCAGAAGCGAGUUCCCCCAGUCGGAUAAAAGUGAGAGACCUGUCACAUAUUCGGAGUCUUGCGAGUGAGGAAUAUUUGAACCGCCCACGACUAUCCGGACGCUCCUCCAGCACAUUUUCGGAUACAGGAAGGCAGUAUGAAAUCAGUGCAAUGCCUGUUACAGACAUUAUCGAGAUGGUCGCAGGACUUCUUACCAAGAUUACAACCACCAACGAUCGCCAGCACGAGCAUCACCGCCCGAUCCCGCUCACAGAGGAACAGAGUCAUCUAAAUCCACACGCCUCCUGCGUCUUGGCCUUCCACGGCAAAAAUGUCCCAGGAAUCACCAUCCUAAGUUAUUUGAGUCGGAUACAUAAGUAUUGUCCGACUACUUACGAAGUCUUCCUGAGUCUGCUAGUGUACUUUGAUCGCAUGACUGAAAUGGUCAACCGUGGGCUUCUGGGGAAUGUCCACAGGGGACCUGACGACUCGCCUGCCACAGCGCCAGAGUCGUCCACACCCACCCCACGGUCUCCCGUGCCAAUGAACGUGGAUAGCCCUCAAGAACACCACGAUAUCAGCACACCGCCAUCCCCUUCAGAUUCACGCCAGCACUCUCAACCACAGCAUCGUUCCUCUCCACAAUCUUCCAGCAUUCCGACCGAUUUGUCGCAAUUCUUCGUGGUUGAUAGCUACAACAUUCAUCGUCUUGUGAUUGCUGGUGUCACUUGCGCCAGUAAAUUCUUCUCUGAUGUCUUUUACACGAAUUCUAGAUACGCAAAGGUGGGAGGCCUUCCUUUGGCCGAACUGAAUAACCUUGAGCUUCAGUUCCUCCUCCUCAACGACUUCAGACUUUCGGUUCCGGUGGAGGAGCUUGAGGCUUACGGCACCAUGCUAGUCGAGUUUUACGCUCGGGAGUUGCUGGCCCAGCAGCAGCUCGCUCAGCAACAUCAGCAAGGAGGUACAGCUGUUUCAUCACCUCCUUCCGCCGGCGCCGGAGAUGGGAUGUACAUGCGCUCUCCCGGGGCUGAAUCUGGUUCAUCGUCGACACAGGGAGGAGCAAGUGGGCCUCCCACGUGA